UUGGUGCAGUCCGGGGCAAAUGAUAUCAUUUGAUGAACAAAACUGAAUUAUCAUCUAAUUAAAUUUUUAGUUUUUUGAUGGUUAUCUAUUCCAAAUAAAAAUCCAUUUUUAUGGAAAGUGUGAUACAUGAAGUGUAUAUAUAUUAAUCGAUAAAUAUCAUAAUACUUUUUUUUUAUAAUUAACUAGUACAAUGUAUCAACAAUACUGCUUAAUACAGCUGUUAAUUUCUAUGACAAGAUUAAGCCCGGACUUAUUACUGUGGAAGUGAUUCACUUUAUGCGUAUUUAUUUUUAAUAUUUAAAGCAUUGAAUCAUGGAUAAUAAUACUGAGGAAAAUUCUACAACCACCCAAAACAUUGAAGAUCCCCAAACAAUGUUGGAAAGGUUGCAGUCAGAAAAUGCUCACUUGCGUGAGGAAUUUAAUGUCCAAAGAGCGAAAAUGAAAGAAUUGUUUUUACAAAAAGAAGAAGAAUUGAAAAGGAAAUUAAAAGAGAAUGCCGAGCUGCAGGAAGAAAGAGAUAAAUUAAAAAGUGAAUUAGAUGAAGGAAAGAUGCAGUUAGCUAUAACAUCUUUAGAAUUAGAGAAUUACAUUACUAUGAAUACACACCAAGUUCAGGAAGAAAUCGUUUCUUUACAGCAAGUGAUUCAAGAUACAAUGCAAGAGUCCCAAUGUACACGAGAACAAUUAGAAAUGGAAUUACGCAAGUUAAGAACACAUAUUUCAAAACUUAAUGAAGAGAAUGCAUUCUUAAAAACCCAAUUAACGAAAGAAGGAUCUUCAGAUGGACCACAAAUAUCCCUUUCAACAGUUACCAAAACACUUGCUAGGAAAGUAGUAUCGCAAUUAGGAGCAGAUACUUUAUCAUUAGGGCCAGAACAUUUAGAGGAGAACAUGAGGAAGGCUCAAGAAGAUGCUGAAGUACUGAGAUCAUUGGUUGUGCCAUUAGAAGAAGAAAUAAAAGCUUUAAAAGAGAAAUUACGAUCGACUGAUGAUGAAUUACAGAAAUAUAAAGAAUUACAACACCAAAAAAGAACAGAAUCAGAUUCUACAGAGCCUACAUGUGAUAUGUGCAUUAAUUAUGAAGCACAGCUAGUUAAAAUGCAAACGACAGCUAAAGAUUUAGAAAAACAAUUAAAUGACACUGAGCGAAUGUUACAAGCUCAAAGAGAGGAGCUUGUUAAAGAAGUUGAGUUUAGAAAAGAAAUGGAAGAAAAAUGGAAUGAAAAAAAAGAGGAACAUAAAAUAAAAGUGACUGAAUUAACGGCAGCUUCACAAUUAGCUCAACGUACACUACAAGAAUUAAAGCAGCAAUUUAAACAGAUGCAUCAAGGUGUUACGGAAGAAUUAGCUAAAUUAACUAAAGGUCGUGAGGAAGUUCAAAGGCAUCUUAUUGAACUCCAACGAGAAAACGAAAUGCUAGUAGGAAAACAUAGUAAACAUUCACAGCAACUUCAAAGUGAAAAUAUCAACAUGCCAAAUACAGUAGAAGAAUUGCAUAUCAGUCUCUUGAGAGCUCAUGAAGAUUUAAUAUUAGCUCGGGUUGCGCAGGAAGUAGCAGAAGAAAAAGAAGCUACGAUGCGGUAUGAAUUAAGUAUUGUUCGAGAGCAAAUGAUAGCUGAAAAAGAUGACAAAAUAGAUCGUUUAGAGAAAAUGUUACAAGAAACUAUGACCGCAAAGAAAGAAGCUGAUGCAACGAUAAUUGAAUUAAAACAAAAAAUCACGAGCCUCCAGCAAGUAUUAGAAACUAGUGGAGAAGUUCAAAAAGACUUUGUUCGACUUUCUCAAUCUCUUCAGGUUCAACUUGAAAAAAUUAGAGAAUCAGGAAGCGAAGUACGAUGGCAACAUGAAGAAGAUGUUGAUGAAUGUCCGACGUGCCACACAGCUUUUACGCUUGGAAAGAAAAAAGUACAUUGUCGGCACUGUGGUCAUAUAUUUUGUCAAUCUUGUUUAUCUCAUGUUGUGAAUAGUGGUCCAAAGCAAAGACCUUCCCGUGUUUGUGGUGUUUGUCAUACAUUGUUGGUUCCAGACACUGCGCCAUACUUUAGUCAACAACCACCACACACUCCAGAUUGAUUUCUCUAUUUAUUUUGACGAAUAGAAGUUAUUUAAACAAUGAAGAAAACAUGCAAUGAGUUUAUUACAAAAAUCAACAAAAUAUUAGAAAAAAUUUAUCUUCUCUAGACAAGUUGACUUCUUGAAUUAAUGGUUGUAUAUUUUAAAAGUAUUUUUCGCUUUUCAAAAGAAAAAAAAAACAGUUGACAUUUAAAAUGUUUUUUAUUUAAAAAUAAGCGUUCUUUAUGAAUUCCAAUUGUUCUCUUCGUAAUCUUCUUC